AUGUCCUCUUUCUUCAUCCCCGCGGCACCACCAACACCCCCCUCAGCUUCCUCUGCCAUCUCCAAAACCUCAAUUCUGACCUCCCUGAAGCACAUGCUUCGCACCCCCUCCUUCUACCUCGUCUUCUUCACAUUCAGCGUCUACACGGGCUUCUUCAACGCCUUCACUUCGCUGCUAAACCAGAUCCUGUAUCCAUACGGCUACACCGAAGACGAAGCGGGUAUCUGUGGCGCGGUGCUCAUCGUUGUUGGACUGGUAGCUUGCGCUAUUACCUCACCCAUCAUAGACCGCACACACGCCUACCUGCUCGGUAUCAAGAUCCUAUGUCCUGUGCUAUCCGCAGCUUAUCUAGCGAUGAUAUGGGCGCCGGAGACGAGGACGAUCGUCGCGCCGUAUGUACUCGGUGCAGUCUUAGGCGCAUGUUCAUUUUCGCUGCUUCCGAUCGCGCUGGAGUACCUAGUCGAGAUCACUUUCCCAGCUAGUCCAGAAGUUUCCUCAACGAUCUGCUGGGUCGGAGGACAGGUCUUCGGCGGCAUCUUCAUCGUCAUCAUGAACGAGCUCAAAGACGGAAGACCCGUGGAUCUGGACGCUGUACAAGAUGCGGGCAGGGAUGAGGCUACGGGUGGGAAUAGACCGCCUGGACAUAUGCUUUGGGCGCUGGUCUUCCAGGCUGUGGUUUGUGCGGUGGUCUUGCCACUGCCGCUGAUGUUGGGUGUGAAGCGGUUGGGCCUCGCUAGUAGAGAGGGAAGACUGAAGAAGGACGUCGAUGGCGAUAGCAUUGUUGUGGCGGAAGAGGGGUCUGGUGAAAACGUCCAGGGACACGAGCAAUGA